GGCAAGUCUGUCGCGAGAAUAUUCUAUGCCACAUUCAACUGACAAUCACCAGGAAAUAGUCACCUUUCCUGAGAAAAAAAAUGAGACCUGAAAUCUGCUCAAAUACCUGACAGAUAUUUAUCUCCUCAAAGAGAUCUCACUGCAAAAUUUAAUCUUUUUCGCAAGUCAAUAACUCUUGGCGUGGGUUGAAUUUAGAGAGCCAAUCAGAUGCCAUGGAAUUUCAAAGAUGCUUGGCUUCUCGGGCUAUACGGUCACACCUUAGAGCAAGGGCCUGAAAUCGAGGCUGGCGAUACAUUUAUUUUCGUCCAAAUAGCCCUGAAUCAGUUUAGUGUAAACCCGCUUGGCCGAGGAGGUGUGUUGGAGCCGCGAUUCCUUUACAAUCUUGAAAACUCUUUCAAAUUCCGUCACCAUGUCUGGAGAGAUCUGCAACAGUUGCUUCAAGACCAUCACAUCAUCAGUGGUGCGCUAUCAAAACAAGCCCCACCACAGCGAGUGCUUUGUGUGUUUCCACUGCCGCACGCCACUCGCGGGAAAAACCUUCCAGAUGAGAGAUGAUAGGAAGGUUUGCAAAGACUGUAACCGUAUUCACUAUGCCAAGCGCUGUGUGGCCUGUCGUCAGUACAUUGAGGGGACCGUGAAGUUUGUGACGCGAGAUGAGGGAACCUACCAUAGUGAUUGUUUCGUCUGCUCCCGAUGCAGGAAACCGCUGGCCGGAAAGACUUUCACUGAGCACGAGGGCUCGUGGGUAUGUGACGACUGCUAUCAUGAUCGUUACGCCAAGCGCUGCAACAUGUGUCAUCAGUCUUUGGAAGCCAAUGUGGAGUUCGUCAAGUACGACGAAAAACUCUACCACAAUGAGUGCUUCGUGUGCCAGAACCCACGCUGCCGAAAGCCACUCUCCGGAGCCAAGUUCGCGCUGAAGUCGGAUGGCCGUCGUAUGUGCCUCAACUGCUGUUAAGCCUUUCCGGCUUUGAAUUAUUUUCAACUGUUUAAGGUUGCCAGGAGGCUGGUAACAGUUGAAGGUUAAGUGAAGAAGAAGAUUUUUCGAAUUGUUUACCGAAAUCUUUGUAGAAUAGACAAAUAUAUACUUGCUUGCGGCUAGGGCAUGUGUAAGUGGUGUUCCGUGUGGGGGCCGAGGCUGUGACAGUACUUUUCCGCCAUGUUCUUAGCCUCGUUGCGGCGUCUAGCUUUUUACCAGCUCCCAGGCCAGACAAGUAUUAUAUCUGAUAUAGUGGGGUUUCCUUUUUGCACAUGCAUUUUAAUUUGUCUCACUUUUUCUUAGUUUCUUAUGAUAAUGCUUUUAAAGUAUUUUCUACAUAAGAUACCACAGAUAUUAGUUAGAAUCAAUUAAUUAUAGAGUCAUGUGUUUUGACGUGAUUUUUAUUUUUGAAUUCAACCAUUCACCGCAAAAACACCUUUUUGACAAGAAAAACAGCAUUGUCAGCGGUAUGCAUUUGGUAAACAUGUAUGACGUCUUUUUAGUCAUAUUCGUUACCUAGGUGACAUUUCUAAUUAGAACGACAUAAUAUAAUGAUUGUUUAAGAAGAAGGAUAAGCAUUUUACCCGUACUAAGCCGUCCUAAUAUCAAUGGCGUAGCAUGACUUCUUGUUUGAUGCUGUGUUAUGGCGCAACUAUUUUGACUAUGAUUGCACUCUUAUUGUGAAGACAUCUGUAGCGUUGCCAGGAAUUGCCAAAGGAAAUCUAGGCAUACAUAGAUAUCAAAUAAAAACGGGUAAAAUCUGGAGAUUCUUUGUGUACAGAAACACCGCUCUUUGGCUUCAAAGGGAACAGGGGAAGGGGAACUGCGCGCGCCAACUGAACAAUCCUCUAGCUAAGGUCAUUGUUAACUGUUGUUAUGUUGUUAUUGCUACGGACUUAGUUCGAUUUUUCCUUUUCAUGUUGAGAAUUUAUCUGAUCGAAUGUGAGGAACUUGCACCAGAUAAUACAAUUUUUAGUAUUUUAAAUAAUUGUAUCUGCAUCUAUGAUAAUGCUAUGGUAGUAUUUUUUAUAACAAUAAAACUAGUUUUAACCUUUGA